AUGAGUGCAAUUUGCAACAUACUCAAUGUAGUAUUGCCUCCAUUGUCAUUGAUUAUACUCCCUAUCACCAUGAUACCUUAUCUUUUCUUCAAAUUGCUUCUUCAUGUAAAAAAAAUGGUGUACAAAGAAAACAUGGCAAGAAAAGUAGUACUAAUCACAGGGGCAGCCUCAGGAAUUGGGGAGCGAAUAGCUUACGAAUAUGCUAGACGAGGAGCAAGAUUGUCUCUUGUUGACAUUAGAAAGGAGAAUCUUGUAGCAGUGGCUGAAAUGGCAAGAUCUCUUGGUUCCCCUGAUGUUAUCAUCAUUGGCGCUGAUGUUUCCAACGUUCAAGAGAGUAAACAAUUUGUUGAUGAUACAAUGGACCACUUUGAACAACUGGAUCAUCUAGUAAAUAAUGCUGGAAUCGGAAUUCCAGUGUUGAUAGAGGAUUGUUCUGAUAUUACUAAAUACACUUCAACUAUAGAUAUAAAUUUCUGGGGAGCAGUUCAUGGGACUUUACAUGCAAUCCCACAUCUCAAAAAAAGUAAAGGAAGGAUCGUAGUGAUUGCUUCGACUUGUGGAUGGUUCCCACUUCCAAGAUUAAGUAUCUACAAUGCUAGUAAGGCGGCGGUAAUAAGUUUCUUUGAGACUCUAAGAAUUGAACUUGGUUGGUCUAUUGGCAUAACAAUCGUCACACCAGGUUUUGUCAAAACAAAACUAGCAUCUAAGGCUUAUGAAGAUGAGCCUAGUUUUAGAAUAAUUCCAUUGGGGUCAGCAAUAGAAUGUGCCGAAGACAUAGUGAAAGGUGCAUGCAGGGGAGAUAUGUAUGUGACAAAUCCUUCAUGGGUCAAAGUGUUGUUUCCUUUUAAGGUGUUUUAUCCUGAGCUGGUGGACUGGGUCCAACAACACAUCUUUGGACUUUUCCCAAACCCUUCUUGUAAGAAAGGCAAUAUUAAGACAGAUUAA